AUGAAGAUUCUUGAUGAGAUUGAUGAUCGUUUCCUUAAGGCGUCAGAGUGUGCUCAAGAGGUCUCCAAGAUGCUGGAAGCUACAAGGCUACAUUAUCAUUCCAAUUUCGCAGAUAACCAAGGAUAUGUUGAUCAUUCUGCGAGGGUUAUGCGGGUUAUAACUUGGAAUAAAUCGUUAAGAGGCAUCUCCAAUGGUGAAGGUGGAAAAGAUGAUCAAGAAUCAGAAGACCAUGAAACUCAUGCGACCGUGUUGGACAAAUUGUUAGCAUGGGAGAAGAAACUCUAUGAUGAAGUGAAGCAAGGUGAGCUUAUGAAGAUAGAGUAUCAGAAAAAGGUAUCUUUACUCAACAGGCAUAAAAAACGAGGUGCGAGUGCAGAAACCGUGGAGAAAACAAAGGCGGCUGUGAGUCAUCUACACACAAGAUAUAUCGUUGACAUGCAAUCUAUGGAUUCCACGGUUUCAGAAGUAAACCGUUUAAGGGAUGACCAAUUGUAUCCAAGACUUGUCUCCCUAGUUGAAGGAAUGGCGAAGAUGUGGACAAACAUGUGCAUACACCAUGAUACUCAACUAAAGAUUGUUGGAGAGCUAAAAUCACUCGAAAUAUCAUCAUCUCUCAAAGAAACCACUAAGCAACAUCACCAUCAGACUCGGCAGUUCUGCACAGUAUUGGAAGAAUGGCAUGUUCAGUUCGAUAGACUCGUGACCCACCAGAAGCAAUACAUUAGCUCUCUCAACAGCUGGUUGAAGCUAAACCUUAUCCCUAUCGAGAGCAGUCUUAGGGAGAAGGUUUCUUCUCCUCCUAGGCCUCAACGUCCACCAAUCCAAGCUCUUCUCCACUCGUGGCACGACCGUCUUGAGAAACUUCCCGAUGAGGUCGCCAAAUCAGCUAUCUCGUCCUUCGCAGCAGUCAUCAAAACAAUCUUGCUUCAUCAGGAAGAAGAGAUGAAACUGAAGGAGAAAUGCGAAGAGACACGAAGAGAGUUCAUAAAGAAGAAACAAGGUUUCGAGGAAUGGUAUCAGAAACACUUGCAGAAAAGAGGACCGACGGAGGAAGCUGAAGGCGGGGAAGACGGAACAACAAACACGAGUAGAGAUCAUGUCUCGGAGAGGAGAAUCGCUGUGGAGACACUGAAGAAAAGGCUUGAAGACGAAGAAGAAGCUCACCAGAGACAUUGUGUUCAGGUUAGGGAGAAAUCACUCAACAGUUUGAAGAUAAGAUUGCCUGAGAUCUUCAGGGCACUGUCGGAUUACGCUCACGCUUGUGCUGAUUCGUACGAGAAGCUCAGAAUCAUAUCGCAGGCUCAGAAAGCCACUGUAUCUUCUUGA